GGGAGGUGCGGCCACCCUCACCCUGAGGAGGAGAGCUCGAUGGACCCGGACUGGACACCGCCUCGCGGGGGCAUGCGACACGGCGAGGAGAGCCGCGGCAGCGGCGCUCCGUGCGUGACGACGAGGCGUUCGGCCGCUGCAGGCUCGUCCUCACAGGCGGCGUGGCCGCCGCGCCCCGGGGCCGACCUGUCGAGCCUGGACAAGGACCUCUUCAGCGACACGGACGGCUCGGACGAAAACACGGACGAGGAGGAGGAGGAGACCCCGCCCGCCGCGCGCCGCACGCCGCACGCCGCGGCCGUCCGCCGCCGCCCGCAGGCCGCUGGCAAGCGCAAGGCGAAGGCCGCACUGGCGUGCGAACAGGAUCACAAGGCGCGGGCGAGGGAGCUCGCCGCGAGGCGCCGAGAGCGGCACGAGGCGCUGCUGCCGCCGCAAAAGGGGUUGCGGACGGCGGAGGCGCGCCGCUUGCGAGCGGUGAGCGAAAGGCUGGAGCUGCCAGAUCCGGACGACGCCGAGGCGAGCGGCGCCUUCAUGGACUCGGUGCUGGGCAACUAUGUCGGCAGGUUGCGCGCAGAGGGCGAGGCGCGGGGCGCGACAGUGAGGGCUGGCUUCACACGCACGCAGACCCUCGUGGCCGGCAUGCCGGUCCCGCCGCGGUGCCGGUUUGUGGCCGGCUGGGACGCAAUCAACGCCGCGGCGCAGGCGGCGGCGGCGCGCCAAAAGGAGGCCGCGGCGGCGGAGCUGGCGCGGCCGCCGGUGGCGGAGGCGGAGGGGCUGCGGCUGCGCCUCUCGAGCAGCAGUAGCACCCGGUACAGGGGCGUGCGUGAGAUUCAGUCUGGCCGCUUCCAGGCGGAGUACAGGGUGGACGGAAGGAAGGUCUGCCUCGGCACCUUCGACACGGCGGUGGAGGCGGCGGUGGCGUACGCGCGGGUGGUCGGCGAGGGGGCGGUCGGCGAGGGGGCUAACGCGGAGGAGGCGGAGGGGCUGCGGCUGCACCUCUCCAGCAGCAGCAGCACCGGUUACAAGGGCGUGCGCGCGGACAAGAGCCGCUUCGAGGCGCGGGGAGAGGUGGACGGAAGGAGAGUCUCCUUCGGCUCCUUCGCCACGGCGGUGGAGGCGGCGUCUAAAGACAAAGAGCCGGGCGGCACUGACGCCGCCGGGCGGCCUCUCGUCCUCAUACACAGCGGCAAGUUCGGCCCGGCGACGCGAGACCUCGAGGCGAGCGUGCGCUCCGUCUUUUACGAGAUCGAGAGGGUGAUCGCGCAGCUGCCGCCCGGCCAGGCCCAGUUCGCCGUCUUUUACGACCGUACCGGCUUCUCCAUCAAGAAGAACUGGGACUUAGCCGCCACGGCGCCGCUGGAGCUGCUCUACUGCGGCCUAACCAUCUGCUCCGACGGCUGCUCGCAGCUGCAGUCGGCGCUCUGGGGCCGCCUCUCCUUUCGGAUCACGCAGCGCGUCUCGCUUCGCCUCUUUGAGCACCUGCACGCGCUGUCGCUCCGCUGGCAUCUCAACCGCAAGACGGGCGAGGUCCUCGCCGUGAUGAACCAGGGCGUCGGCGCGGUCGCGACGCUACUGCAGGUGGCAACCUUCUCCAUCUCUGCGACGCUGCUCGAGCUUGUCCUCACGUCUGCCGUCUUCGCAAAGAUCGGCGUGCCGGCCAUCUCGCUGUGCGUCGUCGGCGGCGCGGCACUCUACACGUGGUACACGGUCGCCCUGACAACGAUGCGCGUCGGCCAGCGCCGCGAGGUGAACGGGGCAAGCAAGAGGGCGCAGGACGUGGUCGUCGACUCGCUGCUCAACUUCGAGACGGUCAAGCUCUUCGCCGCGGAGGCGACGGAGGCGAGGCGGUACGGCGGCUUCACGACGGCGCUCAGCGAGCUGCAGGUCAAGGCGCAGGACUCGCUCUCCCUCCUCAACUGGGGCCAGACCGGAGCGAUGCAGCUCGGCUCGCCGCGCCCGCUCGCCAGCCCGAGCAUGCUCGGCGGGCUGCUCGUCGCGUGCGGCGCGACGGCCGGCGGCGGGAUGAGCGUCGGCGACUUUGUCAUGAUCCAGCUCUACAUCACCCAGCUCUUCCGGCCGCUCUCAAACUUGGGCGGCAACUACCGCCAGCUCACCCAGUCGCUGACCGACGUCGAGAAGAUGGCAGAGCUGCUCGAGACGGCCGUCGAGGUCGUGGACGUGCCAGGCGCGGCCGACCUGCGCGCGGUGGCGAGCUCCUGCCCUCGCGAGCAGCGCGACGUCGUCUUCGAGGCCGUCUCCUUCCGGUACGCCGGGCCGAGCUCUCCGGGCGUCUCCUCCCUCUCGCUGCGCAUCCGGCCGGGCGGCAGCGUCGCGCUGGUCGGGCCGAGCGGCUCCGGAAAGUCGACGAGCACACGCCUCCUGUGCCGCCUCCUCGAGGUGCACGCCGGCCGCGUCCUCGUCAGCGGCGUCGACGUUCGCUCCGUCACGCAGCACUCGCUCCGCUCGGUUGACACCGUCCUCUUCAACGCGAGCGUGCGCACCAACCUCGUCUACGGCGCGCCGGACGCGACCGACGCGCAGAUCCAGGCGGCGUGCGCUCUCGCGCGGGUCGACUCGUACCUCGCGCGGCUCGAGAAGGGGCUCGACACGGCGGUCGGCGAGCGCGGCCUCCGCCUCUCGGGCGGCGAGAAGCAGCGGCUCGGCAUCGCGCGCGCGCUGCUGCGGGAGCCCUCCGUGCUCGUGCUCGACGAGGCGACGAGCGCCCUCGACACCGAGACGGAGCGCGAGGUGCAGGACGCGCUCGACGCGGCGGCGGCCGGCCGCUGCACGCUCGCGAUCGCCCACCGGCUGUCGACGAUCGUCAACGUCGACGAGAUCCUCGUGCUCAAGGGCGGCGUCGCCGCAGAGCGGGGGACGCACGAGGCGCUGCUCGAGGCGGGCGGGCUGUACGCGUCCAUGUGGAGCAAGCAGGCCAACCUCGAGCGGAGCAAGGCGGCGAGCGGCGAAGGCCGGCUCACCUGCCACGAGUGCAAGUGCUGCAACGAGGAGUGCUGCAAGGGGUGCGGUGGCUAGGGCGGCGGUGGCCCAGCGGCGCGCAUGCGGAGUAGGUAUGACGUAUGAUUCUUGUGGAGCUCUGAAAAAA